AUGUCCAUGGAUUUUGAUUUUGCUUCGCUAAAAUCGGCGGAUAACAACCACAAGAGUUCUUUCAAAACUGGAGCAUACCGCCAAUCAGAGGUCAACUCUCAACCGCUCACUGCGGCUCAAGUUCUCGCUAUCGGUGUUUGCAAAAAGGAAAACCAUGCAGCCGAGGGAAAGGUGGCUGCAGCCGAGCCGCAACCUCUCAAGCCUCCUCUACCUUUUGAUCCGCUGACUGCUGCCUUACAUGGAAUGCCAAAGCUGGAGAGCAUCGUGAAAACUGAAGCAAUUGAUGAAUCUUCUGCUGCUGGAGCCUUGCUUGGCCUUCAUGGCAACAAGCUUUCACACAAUCAAGUUGAGCAUAAUCGACGACUCAAAGCAAAGCAGCUUUUUGAUGAAUUGAAGCUUUUGCUUCCAGGCGGGGAGGACCCUCUCAAGGUGAGGGAUCGAAAUGCGCUUUUGAAGAUGGCAGUGGACGUUAUGAAGGCACUGCAGUCCUAUAUUUCCAAGAUUGAAUCGAAUAUGCCAGAUUGCUCACCCUUGCACAAUGACACAAAGGCCGAGUCAAAGGAGAAUUCUGGGACAGACGAUGAAGCACACUUCCGUGGUCCUGGUAAUUAUUCAGAAGUUUUGGCAGGGUUAAAUCAAUCCACUGCAGAGCAAACAGCCUUUGCAGGAAUGGAAAUGGAGCUUGAGAGUGGAGAUCAGGAUCGCAAGCUUAGCCACAGCGAAGCCGAACAGCGACGUCGACAAAUCGCCAGAAACUACUACAACGAGCUCAGGGCUUUCUUACCAGGGAAUGACAAGGACAAAUUGGACAAAAACGCUGUGUUGCAACGUACCAUCUUCUGCAUUAAGCAAGCAGCUGCAGCUGCAGCGCUUUCAGGAAAUCCACCUGUGGAAGAGCAUUCUCACUCGGAAGAUGAUGCAAUGCAGCCCGAGCAAGGACUCUCGGAAUCCCCUCCCGAUGUAGUUCGUGGUUUUUUGGCAAUGGUGGCGUCAGGGCCAGCGAACGCGAACUUUCUCAAAGCUGGAGAGUGCAGCGCAAACGGACGAAUCGACGCAUGCGCGACUGAACAAACUGAUGCGGUGUGA